UGGCCGUAAGCUCUGCCUCUUAAUUACAAUCCUCAUAAAUGCUGCGUCUGGAGUUCUCAUGGCCAUCUCACCCACCUACACAUGGAUGCUAACUUUUCGCCUGAUCCAAGGACUGGUCAGCAAGGCUGGCUGGCUAAUUGGCUACAUCUUGAUUACAGAGUUUGUCGGGCUCAGUUACCGGAGAACAGUGGGGAUUUUUUACCAAGUCGCCUUCACGGUUGGGCUCCUGGGGCUCGCGGGAGUGGCCUACGUGCUUCCUCACUGGAGGUGGCUGCAGUUCACAGUCACUCUGCCCAACUUCUGCUUCUUGCUCUAUUACUGGUGCCUCCCCGAGUCCCCGAGGUGGCUAAUCGCCCAGAACAAAAGUGAUGAGGCCAUGAUGAUCAUUAAGCACAUCGCGAAGAAAAACAGAAAACCUCUACCUGUCGCUCUUCAGAGCCUUAGACCUGAUGAAGAAGUUGGUGAGAAGUUGAAUCCUUCAUUUCUUGACUUGAUUAGAACACCUCACAUAAGGAAACACACUUUGAUCUUGAUGUACAACUGGUUCACCAGCUCUGUUCUCUACCAGGGCCUCAUCAUGCACAUGGGCCUUGCAGGGGGCAAUAUCUACCUGGACUUUUUCUACUCUGCGCUGGUAGAGUUCCCAGCAGCCUUCAUCAUCAUCCUCACCAUCGAUCGCAUUGGCCGCCGGUAUCCUUGGGCUGGGUCAAAUAUGGUGGCAGGGGCAGCCUGCCUGGCCUCAAUUUUUAUCCCUGAUGACCUACAAUGGCUAAAAAUUACAGUUGCAUGCCUGGGCAGAAUGGGGAUUACAAUGGCCUAUGAGAUGGUUUGCCUGGUCAAUGCAGAACUGUACCCCACAUUCAUUAGGAACCUUGGUGUCCUUGUCUGCUCCUCGAUGUGUGACAUUGGUGGCAUCCUCACACCGUUCCUGGUGUACCGGCUCACCGACAUCUGGCAUGAACUCCCAUUGAUGGUUUUUGCUGUGGUUGGUUUGAUCGCUGGAGGGCUGGUGUUGCUGCUACCAGAGACCAAAGGAAAGGCUUUACCUGAGACUAUAGAAGAAGCUGAAAGUAUGCAAAGGUAG